AUGCGUCAAUGGGACGGUGGCGACUUUAUCAUUGUUCCAGCGGUCUUCCGAUACGGUCCGCGACGCCAGGCAACCCGGACUGGAACUCUAGUCUGGAUCAUAACCCCUUCGUGUCUGUCUACAGCAAUCACGGCCCUCGCAAUAGUAAAGUACUUGUCCGUGUACCGAACGACGAUACCGUUGAACGAACACAGACUUUCUCAAGGAGAAAACAAUAUGACAGCUAUCGGACCGUUCAUUGACAAAUUACCUGGGUCGGACCUCAUGAUAUCAGAACAAGCGACUUUCUUCCCAAAGAGCAAUGAUCUGUCAGAGUUUGAGGUCUGCCUUCCCUACUUCGUGGCGAUAGGGCCAGAGCUGGCUUGGUCAUCUCAAUGUCUCGCCAGUGGCAGAUUUGACUGCUACCCAGACCCGUCCUGCUAUCAAGAGACUGGUAUUGAGAGCAACGGGGACCAUAUCCCAGACAACGCGCGCGUUGGGCCUACAGAAUCCCAUAUAAACGCGAUGGUUCCUUUUGAGGACCCCUCAUCUCCAAUAUCGCAGUCUAUUUCAGGUGGCAAAACAGAAGAUGGGCAGUCACAUACGAACACACUGGCACCAACCAGGCGUUGCCGGCAAACCACAGAAAAAGUGACCGGAACAUGUCGCGGCAGCCAUACUGUCGCAUCUAACGACAAACCGAAAAGACCCGUGAAAAAAAGCGCAAGUCUUGAGCGUAACCGUAAAUCAGCAAUAAAGUCUCGAAGGAGAAACAAGGAGUGGGAGCAGAAGCUCGCAACCAAGAAAGGUAUUCUUGAGGCCAGGCACAGCGCUCUCAGGGCAGAGUACGGAAAUCUGUUGAGAGAAACAUUGGAGUUGAAGAAUGACCUUAUUAGGCACGCGGGAUGUCAUGAUGACAAGGUUGACGCCUGGAUCGGCGGUGCAGCCGAGAAGUUUGCCCGAAGGCAAAGCGGCGCCAAGGAGGACGUUUUUCUCGAAAAGGAGUAUCCGUCAAAUAAUCACUGUAAGAAGGGCCCCGCUUCCGCUUUCGUCAACGAAGUUGUUUCAUUUGGUAGUCAGCAAGUUCAUCUUGUGAUUAACAAUUGCUCUCUUUUUAGGCCAUCAAGCCGAACUGUCGUUGUCGUGAAGCGCGGGCACAAGCAAGUAUAUGCGGCUAGAUUACUUUUGCACUGA